GCGCAGGCGCUCUGGGCGCCGCCGAUUCAAGCAGCCAUGGACGCUUUGGAGUCCUUGUUGGACGAAGUGGCCCUAGAGGGGCUCGAUGGCUUGUGUCUGCCCGCACUAUGGAGCCGUCUGGAGUCCCGAGUGCCUCCCUUCCCGCUGCCGUUGGAGCCCUACACGCAGGAGUUCCUGUGGCGGGCCCUUGCCACGCACCCGGGCAUCAGCUUCUACGAGGAGCCUCGGGAGCGACCCGACCUCCAGCUCCAGGACCGGUAUGAAGAAAUUGAUUUGGAAACUGGAAUUUUGGAGUCCAGGAGGGAUCCGGUCCCUUUGGAGGAUGUCUACCCCAUUCAUAUGAUCUUGGAGAAUAAAGAUGGCAUCCAGGGUUCAUGUCGGUACUUUAAGGAGAGGAAAAACAUUACCAAUAAUAUCAGAACCAAGUCUUUGCAGCCUCGUUGUACGAUGGUGGAAGCCUUUGACAGGUGGGGCAAGAAGCUGAUCAUCGUUGCCUCCCAGGCCAUGCGCUACAGGGCCUUGAUCGGUGCGGAGGGCGACCCUGACCUGAAGCUCCCUGACUUCUCCUACUGCAUCCUGGAGCGAUUAGGCCGGUCCCGAUGGCAAGGGGAGCUGCAGCGAGACCUUCACAGCACCGCUUUCAAGGUUGAUGCUGGGAAGCUUCAUUAUCAUAGGAAGAUUUUGAAUAAAAAUGGGCUCAUUACGAUGCAGUCCCAUGUGAUCCGAUUACCCACGGGAGCCCAGCAACACUCAAUCCUCCUCCUCCUGAACCGGUUUCAUGUGGACAGGAGGAGCAAAUACGACAUCCUCAUGGAGAAGCUGUCAAUGAUGCUGAGCACGCGGAGCAAGCAGAUAGAGACGCUGGGCAAGCUGCGGGAGGAGCUGGGGCUGUGCGAGCGGACCUUCAAGCGCCUCUACCAGUACAUGCUGAACGCCGGGCUGGCCAAGGUGGUGUCUCUCCCCUUACAAGAGAUUCACCCUGAGUGUGGACCCUGCAAGACCAAGAAAGGGACCGAUGUCAUGGUUCGCUGCCUCAAACUGCUGAAGGAGUUUAAGCGGAAGGUGGAAGAUGACCAUGAUGACGACGAGGACGAGGAGGUCCUCUCCAAGGGGCUGCCUCCGGUGGACAUCGUGUUCGAGCGGGACAUGCUCACGCAGACCUACGAGCUCAUCGAGCGCAGAGGCACGAAAGGAAUCUCCCAAGCCGAGAUCCGAGUGGCCAUGAACGUGGGAAAACUGGAGGCGAGGAUGCUGUGCCGGCUUCUUCAGAGGUUCAAGGUUGUCAAGGGCUUCAUGGAAGACGAGGGCCGGCAGCGGACAACCAAGUACAUCUCCUGCGUGUUUGCGGAGGAGAGUGACCUCAGCCGGCAGUAUGCUCGGGAGAAGGCCCGCAGCGAGCUCCUGACCACCGUGAGCCUGGCCUCGGUGCCGGAGGAGACGCUUCUGCCCGAGGGCGAGGACACCUUCCUCUCCGAGUCGGACAGCGAGGAGGAGAGCAGCCGCCGCAGCAAGCGCAGGGGCAGGGGCGCCCAGGGCCACCUGAGGUCUGCUGUGGAUGCGGGGCCCGGCAGCCAGCCUCGCCACUCCACGCCAACCAAGGGUGGGUGGAAAGUCCUAAACCUGCACCCGUUGAAGAAGCAGCCGUCUUCCUCCGCGGGAGCGGCCGAGGAGAGGGCCAGCCGGGGCUCCGUGGGCAGGGACGGCCUCCUGGACACCAGCAGCAACUCGGACUUGAACGUGUCCUUUGGCUCCCACUGUGUGGAGAGUAACAAUGGGGACAUCGCCGUGAUCGAGGAGGUCCGGCUGGACAACCCCAAGGAGAGCAGCAGUUCCCAGAGGACCGGCAAGCACGGCCCAAGCCAGGACAAGCCGCACAAGACCUACCGACUCCUGAAGCGCAGGAAUCUGAUCAUAGAGGCCGUCACCAACCUCCGGCUCAUCGAGAGCCUGUUCACGAUACAGAAGAUGAUCAUGGAUCAGGAGAAGCAGGAGGGCGUGCCCACCAAGUGCUGCAAGAAGUCCAUCGUGCGCUUGGUGCGGAACCUGUCGGAGGAGGGCCUCCUGAGGCUGUACCGCACCACCGUCAUCCAGGACGGCAUCAAGAAGAAGGUGGACCUGGUUGUGCACCCGUCCAUGGACCAGAACGACCCUCUGGUGAGAAGUGCCAUCGAGCAGGUUCGCUUCCGGAUUUCCAAUUCAAGCACCGCCAACAGGGUUAGAGUCCCCCAGCCUCCAGCACCUCCAGAGGAGGCAGAGGAAGAGAGUCAAGGGAAGGAGGGCCCAAGCGAAUCUGGAGACUCUGACCUGAAUAUUUCCUCUAAGCCGGACAACACACGGGUGAAAAAGACCGAAGAGAAAAUGGGCAUAACGCCACUGAAAAAUUACCACCCAGUCGUAGUUCCCGGACUUGGGCGCUCCCUGGGGUUCCUGCCCAAAAUGCCCCGCCUGCGGGUGGUCCACAUGUUUCUGUGGUACCUGAUCUACGGCCACCCGGCCAGCAACACAGUGGAGAAGCCGGGCGUCGGCGGUGAGAGGAGAAAGCCGGAGCCCGGCAGGGCAGGCGCCCGGCACCCCUCAGGAAGUGACCUGGAGGCCUCCGAAGGCCCAGCCAAGGACAGCCACGACAGCGUCUCCUGGGAGGCCGAAGUGGAGCUGUCCACGGAGGCAGUGUACGUGGACGAGGCCUCCUGGACGCGCUACAUCCCCCCCAUCCCCGUCCACCGCGAUUUCGGCUUCGGCUGGGCUCUGGUCAGCGACAUCCUCCUCUGCCUGCCUCUCUCCCUCUUCGUCCAGAUUGUGCAAGUCAGCUACAAGGUGGACAACCUCGAGGAGUUUCUCAGCGACCCUCUGAAGAAGCACACGCUGAUCCGCUUCCUCCCCAGGCCCAUCCGCCAGCAGCUCCUGUACAAGAGGCGCUACAUUUUCUCGGUGAUCGAGAACCUCCAGCGGCUGUGCUACAUGGGGCUGCUGCAGUUUGGUCCUACGGAGAAGUUUCAGGAUAAAGACCAGGUCUUCAUCUUCUUGAAGAGGAACGCGGUCAUCAUCGACACCACCAUCUGCGACCCCCACUACAACCUGGCCCACAGCACCCGGCCCUUCGAAAGGCGGCUGUACGUCCUGAACUCCAUGCAGGACGUGGAGAACUACUGGUUUGACCUGCAGUGCGUCUGCCUCAACACCCCGCUAGGCGUGGUGCGCUGCCCGUGCGUCCAGAAGAGCAGCCCAGACCAGGGCGGCAGCAAGGAGGGCAGCCUGCAGAAGGAGCAGGAGAGCGCCAUCGACAAGCACAACCUGGAGCGCAAGUGCGCCAUGCUGGAGUACACCACGGGGAGCCGGGAGGUGGUGGACGAAGGCCUGAUUCCUGGAGACGGGCUGGGGGCGGCCGGGCUGGACUCCAGCUUCUACGCACACCUGAAGCGCAACUGGAUCUGGACCAGCUACAUCAUCAACAAGGCCAGAAAGGAGAACGCCAACGCGGAGAACGGGCUCACGGUGAGGCUGCAGACCUUUCUGUCCAAGCGCCCGUUGCCACUCGGUGCUGCAGGCGGCGGGCGGUUGGCUCUCUGGGGAGAAGCAAAGGCAGGUGCCGAGCUGUGUGCCGACCGGGAGGAGCAGUUCGAGGUGGACCGCGAGCCCACGCUGGGCAGGAGCCGCAGGGUCAGGGGCGGCAGAAGCCAGAAGCGGAAACGGCUGAAGAAGGAGCCUGGAAAGAAGAUCAAGAGGAGGAAGAAAGGAGGCCCUCUUCCCCCGUGUCCAGGAGAGGCCACAGGAGAAGGGAGCAGGCGGCCGCGCUACCACGACGAGGCGGACCGGAGCGCCCUGCGGCGGAUGACGCGGCUGCGCGUGUCCUGGUCCCUGCAGGAGGACGGGCUGCUCAUGCUCUGCCGCAUCGCCAGCAACGUCCUCAAUGCCAAGGUGAAGGGCCCGUUUGUGCCCUGGCAGGUCGUGCGGGACAUUUUACACGCCACCUUCGAGGAAUCUCUGGAUAAGACGUCACACUCGGUGGGACGCAGAGCUCGCUACAUCGUCAAGAACCCCCAGGCCCACCUGAACUACAAGGUCUGCCUGGCCGAGGUGUACCAGGACAAAGCGCUCGUCGGGGACUUCAUGAACCGAAAGCGUGACUACGAAGACCCUAAGGUUUGUGCCCAGGAGUUUAAGGAAUUUGUGGAGAAGCUCAAAGAGAAGUUCAGCUCGGCCCUCAGGAAUCCUAACCUGGAAAUUCCGGACACGCUGCAGGAGCUGUUUGCCAGAUACCGAGUCUUGGCGAUUGGCGACGAGAGAGACCAGGUCACCAGAGAAGACGAGCUUAACAGCGUGGACGACAUCCACUUCCUGGUGCUGCAGAACCUGAUCCAGAGCACGCUGUCCCUCUCCAACAGCCAGAUGAAGUCCUGUCAGUCCUUCCAGACCUUCCGCCUCUACCGCGAGUACAGGGAGCACGUGCUGGUGCGGGCCUUUGUGGAGUGCCAGAAGCGCAGCCUGGUCAACCGGCGCCGGGUCAGCCACACGCUGGGCCCCAAGAAGAACCGCGCUCUGCCCUUCGUGCCCAUGUCCUACCAGCUGUCCCAGUCCUACUACAGGCUCUUCACCUGGCGCUUCCCCAGCACCGUCUGCACGGAGUCCUUCCAGUACUACAGCAGGAUCCAGGCUGCCGGCAAGCAGGACCGGCCCGACCGCUUUUCCUUCAAAGACCAGGACGGGAGCGACCCCCCAAGCGACCUGGUGGCGUUUUCUCUAGACGGCCCUGGGGGACACUGCGUGACCGCCCUGACCCUCUUCUCCCUGGGUCUGGUGUCCGUGGACGUCAGGAUCCCGGAGCAGAUCGUGGUGGUGGACAGCUCCGUGGUGGAGAGCGAGGUCAUGAAGAGGGGCUCUGGUGCCUCCAGAGGAGAGCGUAGGAAGCAUGGCGGGGAGGACGCUGGCCCCAGGCCCUGGGGCUGCCAGUGUGAGCUGGGCCUUCAGGGGAGCCUAGGGAAGGACGGGGGCUUGGAUGACGACGAGGACGAGGAGGAAGACCUGGACGAAGGCUCGGGAGGCAAGCGCCAGGGCGUGGAGGUGAAGGCCCACCAGGCCUCCCACGCCAAGUACCUGCUCAUGCGGGGCUACUGCGCGCCCAGCAGCAUCAGCACCCGCAACCUCAACCCCAACGACAGCGUGGUGGUCAACUCCUGCCAGGUCAGGUUCCGGCUCCGCUGCACCCCUGAGGCCACCCGGCUGGGGCCUGUUGCCACGCCCCUGGAAGAGCUCUCGGUGGGACUCCCCUGCCUCCCCGCCACCUUCACCAGGCUGAUCCAGCCCCCUGGGGACGCCGGCGGCCUGGAGGCCUUUGCCCACCAGGCAGAGCUGUCUGGCUACAGCCCCGAAGACCUGGCCGCCGCGCUGGAGGUCCAGCAGGCCGUCGCCGCCUCCGGCUGCUUCGGGGUGGACAGGGAGAGGCUGGGCCGGCGGUUCUCGGCCUUGGAGCAGGCCACGGGGUCACGCACCAGGACCUUCACGGACUACGUCCAGGACCUCCUGGCGCAGCAGCAGCUGCUGGAAGUGGGCGGCAACACUGUCCGCCUGGUGACCAUGGCCUCCGCCCGGCCCUGGCUCCUGCACUCGGUGCGGCUGAAAGACCCGGAGGAGGCUGAGGCCCCAGAGGACGCGCAGGCCAGGCCCCCGGAGGGCGCCAGCCAGGAUGGCAGCCCCCAGGGCACCAAGCGGCCAGCCCACUGGGCCAGUCAGAGCAGCGACGCUGACGCCGAGGGCGCCCAGAAGCCCCCUGCAAAGAGGCCCACACUGCAGGACGUGCGCGUGGCCCCCAGCCCCAGGCCCGGGGCAGAAGGCCAGGCCGUGACUUUGCCCCCAGCACCUGAAGACACGGGUGCAGGGGGACCUGGGCAGGAGGACCAAGAAGGUGUCGGUGGCCCCAGCGUCCCCUGCCAAGAGCAGCUGAGCUGUCAGGCCCCGCUCGCAGGGGGCUCCGAAGACCCUAGAGGGCUCACGGAGAGCUACGCGGCGGGCGUCCUCUCCCAGGCGGCGCAGGAAAGGGACCUCGGUGACCAGGCUGUCCCCCCACACAGGGACUGUGAGAACAUCUGCUUCGUGGGCCGCCCGUGGCGCGGCGUGGACGGCCACCUGAACGUGCCGGUGUGCAAGGGCAUGCUGGAGGCCGUGCUCUACCACAUCAUGAGCCGGCCCGGCGUGCCGGAGCGCUGCCUGCUGCAGCACUACCAGGGCGUCCUGCAGCCCGUGGCCGUGCGGGAGCUGCUCCAGGGCCUGGAGUUCCUCGGUUGCAUCCGACGGCGCCUGCUGAGGAAGCCCGCGGCCACCUCGCUCUUCUCCAGGCCGGUGGUGGAAGAGGCGGAGGUGCCCGGCGAGCACACCACGGCCUUCUACGAGCCCACGCUGGACUGCACCAUCCGGCUGGGCCGCGUGUUCCCGCACGAGGUCAACUGGAACAAGUGGAUCCACCUGUAGCGCGCCCUGCCCCUGUCUUGGGGCCCGGGAGACCCCGUGGUGCUCAGCUCGUGGCCUGGGCCGCCUUGGGCCGCCUUGGGCCGCCCUGGAGCCGGGGAGAGGGACCCACUGCCCGCCUGCCAGGCGUCCCUCCCAGCCUCCCGGGAGUGUGCUUCCUCACACUGCGGCCGUGCAUCUGGGAUGCGGGGGAGUAGCUCCAGGCCACUUGGGUCCCCUCUGCUCCCUGCCCCCCCCGUGUUCCCGCUGCUGCCGGCUGUGCAGGUGGUGAGCUCGGGAGGCCCGCAGGACUGGACCCCUCCCAGGCCCAGAGCUGGUCAGGCCAGCCUGGGAGCUGGGCUGCUGGCACCCCCUGCCGUGCCCAGCGCCACCGAGAUGAGGGACCUCUCCAGACAGGACACCCAGCCUGGGCACUGCCAGCUGCAGGCUGGACGGGAGGUGUCCCUGUAGGACUUGGCUUUGAUUUUUUUCUUUCAUCCUCUUUUCUCAUUUAAAAACAAGUCCCCCUGGCAUGUAUUUAUUAUUUUUUUUUUUUUU